AUGUACUCGGCGCCUGUCGCGCCGACGCUUGUGGCCUUGUCCGCGCUCCCGACCUUCCAGGAGCUCGAUGUCUUGACCAAGUGGACACCGUCCGAGUUUUCUCAGUCGACCGAGUAUUUCCUCCACAGCCCGCUGAGCCCGCGCAACAGCAAGAAGACCAAAAUGACGUACGACGACCGCCCCAAGGUGGCCAACUUUACGUGCCUCGACGACUUUUGAACGAUUGCGGUGCUUUGCCUCUCAUCAUUUAUUCCCAUCAUAUUAAAACUAAAACAAUUUAUUUCCUCU